AUGUCGCAACAACUUCUUCUUCGGCUGUUCCAAAGCGAACAUUUUAAUAGUUGGAUGGCAAUCGAAUAUUUAUUCAGAUAUCCCAAUUCAGUUGGGAUCCAACAUUAUUUGUGCAAUGAACUCAAGAAAUUUCCAAUGUCGGAAAUCGAGUUUUUUUUGCCGCAAUUAUGUCGAACUACCGAAUCAGUUGCUUUGGAGUGUUUUAUAUUAGAAAAUUGCGAAAAAUCAAAACAUAUGGCUACUCUGACAUUAUGGUACCUUCAAGCGUAUUGUUCAGAUUUGUCCUCCAAUCCAUUUUCUCCUGCCUUUACGAUUUGCAAACGUGUCUUAAAUAAAUGUCAAGCAAUAGUAUUUGACGAAAAUCUAAUUGAAGAUGACAAAGCUUCAAAUCGUGGAAUAUCUCCACGACAAGUGAAAGAGAAUACUUUUCCUGCUCUUGUUGGUAUAGGUGCCAUGCUUGCAGGUAUUGCUACACCAAUGUUAACAAGAAGUGCUGGACAAAUUGCUAUAGCGCAAGGAAGGCGUGCUAGAGCUUUUAGUAACUCAGGAAAUAAUGGAUUAGCUAGAAGAAGAACACAUACUGGAAAUGUAACUUUAAGGCAGUCUCACGAAGAUUCAUCUAGCGAUCAACCUGAAAGUUCAGCAACAUCACCUGAAUUAGAAGACGAAGGUAAUAAAAAAGAAAUACAAGUCGAAACUUCUUUUCAAGACUUAGUUAUAAAAACUGAUGAAACACCAGAUAUUCAUGUUGAAUUGGUUUCACCAUCUUCCAAAGAAAAUAUUCAAGAGACAGAAGAUGAGCAGACAUCAUCAUUAUUAGAUCCUUCAAAAAUUAACGGACAAUCAAAACCUGUUUUCGUUAAAGGUCAUAAGAAAAGUAUAUCCAGGUCGUCUUCAUCAUCUUAUCCUCAUCGUCGUAAUGGUAUAAACGCGGCUACAUUUACAUCACCAUCUCUUGAUGAUUUAUAUAAAGGAGGCCUGAUUUCAUCAAAGAAAUAUAUUUCAAAACCUCGACCGCAAUCAGUUGAUUAUCCGCCAUCUAGUGUAGACCAUGAUGAUGAUGGAGAAGAUGAUAUCUCUAUUUAUCGUAUUUCAACUGAAAUUUCAGAUAGUACUUUGUUAGAUGAAUUGGAAGAGUGUGGUCCAGAACUGCAAAAACGUCUUUUAAAAGGAAAUUAUUUCCACUCAGAAAUGCAAUUUUUGAUAGCUUUACAGGAUAUCUCAACGAGAUUAAUUAUUGUUCCCAAAGAAGCCAGGCAAAGUACACUUAGAGGAGAAUUAACCUUAUUAAAUCAUAAUUUACCUGCAGAAGUCUGUAUACCUCUUUGGUGUCCAGCAACAGCUGAGAAUCCACAUCAUCAUCGAGUUGUUAAAAUAUCUCCAGUUGAUGCAGUCGUGUUAAAUUCAGCAGAUCGGGUACCCUAUUUAUUAAUGGUAGAAGUUCUUGAAGGAGAAAUGAGCUUUGAUAUGUCAAAGUUGCAGACUCAAAAAUCAUUAAAGCGUCUUCUUCAUGAUGAAAAAAGAAGAGGAUCUUUUGAUACAUCGAUAUCUUCAGAAUCAAAUAAAAAUGUAAACAAUGUAACGAAAAAUAUUCAUGAACAAUCUACGGAACAAUCCAAAAAUAGUAGUGGUAAUACGGAUAAUCCAAUUAUAGAAUUUUCAGAAAAAGAGAAUAACGAGCAAGAAAAUACCAGUGAAAAACACGAGGAAAAUGAUGCUAGUAAAUCAACUGAUGAAGAUAAAAGCAAUAAGACAGAAAGUGAUAGUGAAAGGCCUGUUUCACCAUUAUCAUUAUCAGACACUUCAAAUAUAAUAACGCCAAUUCCUCGUAGUUUGUCCACCUCCUCGCGUUCUUCAAAAAGAACGGCAUCAAUUGAUAAACUUCCAUCGAUAACGUCAAUACCUCUAGCUCCUGUUGAUGAAACAGGAUUACAGCAAUUAGCAACUGAUACUGUAGUACGUUCAACAGACUCAAUUCUGCAAAUGUCUAAAGAUAACAGAGCACCUUCACCUACCCCAACUGCUUUAUAUGUCCCACACGCUCCACAUGUUCCUUCUGCCCUUUCCGUCCCUGUUGCUCCACCUGUUUCACCUACUCCUUCUACUCCUUAUACACCUACAACACCAACGUUGCCAGAAUCCAAUAGUGAAUAUUUGAAACAAGUAAUGAAUCGUCGGCAGUCCAAUUCUGCAGAUGAGUUUGCUGAAAGGAUGCGUACUGCCGCUGUGAUGCUUGCUCAACUGAAUCAUGCAAAUCAAAUGCGCACUUCCUCUACUGGUGAACCCAUUCAAAGGACAAAAGCUGACACUGAUGCAAUAAGCAAAAAAAUAAUUAAAGAAAUGAUGUGUUUGGAGGAAGAAAGGAUGAUGAAAAUGACAACCCAAGUGACUAGCGGUGUUCGAACUAAUGCUGGAGCCAAUGGUGGAGAAGGUGGAGGUGGUGAAAUGUUGGAAGAUGAAAAAAAAAUUUUGAGUGCUAUAAAUAAAGAAGAUCCUAGUGCGGCCGUUUUUAGUGAAGAUUGGGAAUCUAAGAGAGAUCGAAUUCGUAAAUCAUCUCCUUAUGGUCAUCAUUCAAAUUGGCGACUUUUGUCUGUGAUUGUCAAGACUGGUGCUGAUUUACGGCAAGAGCAAUUAGCAUGCCAAUUAAUAAGAGAGAUGCAACGAAUAUGGCAAAAAGCUAAGAUCGAUGUUUGGACAUAUGGAGAUGUUUCUUCUGAAGCUUUUUUGCGUGCUCAAGAUAAUUUUAUGCGAAGUUUAGCGGCAUACUCACUUGUUUGUUAUAUUCUUCAAGUCAAAGAUCGAUUAAUAAUUCAAUCAAAAUCUAGUCAUAAUGGAAAUGUUUUGUUGGACACAGAGGGUCAUUUAAUACAUAUCGAUUUUGGGUUUAUGCUUUCAAAUUCUCCAGGAUCGGUUGGGUUCGAACUAGCACCGUUCAAACUGUCGCAAGAGUAUUUGGAUAUUCUUGGUGGUAUAGCAAGUGAGAAAUUUGCAGAAUUCAAAACAUUGCUAAAACAAUCUUUCAUUGCUUUACGGAAACAUGCAGAUAAUUUUGUUUUAUUAGUUGAAAUGAUGUCCAAAGAUUCGAAGUUACCUUGCUUCAUUUCUGGAGAUUUAACAGUUGCUCACUUAAAAGAAAGAUUUCAACUCUCUUUAACCGAACCACAAUUCGAAGAAUAUGUUGAACGAUUAAUUAUGUCUAGUUGUUGUAAUGUAUUUACCAGAUUAUAUGAUACUUUUCAAUAUUAUUCUAAUGGUAUUUUAUAA